AUGACGUUCCACAAUAGCACUGAAGCUGACUCGUCUAGAGAAAAACAACUUGCAGAACUUGUGCAACUCGUGCAGAGUAUCACGUCGCCAAAGGUCCAUGUUCCUUCUGGGGCGUCGGAACCUAGCAGUUUAGAUGGGCAAAGCUCAAGCAAGUCGACUGAGGAGUUUCAGCAGCUUCUCACCGGCUUUUCUAACGAGGGACUUGGUUCAGAGGGAUUCGGCAAUGCAGUCUCAUUACUCAGCCAACAUUCAGUCAAUAACUCGUCGCCCGGCUUCUUAGGAAAAUUGGUCUCUGCGCCUUCGCCGCCAGGAACUGCUGCUGAUCUGUUUUUGUCUAUUUUCAACAACAACGGACAUGUGUGGCGUGCGUCACCGGCCCUCACAGCUGUCGAAAAGCAUGUCAGCGGAGAGUUGGCCAGACUGUUCGGCCUUCGGGGCCCACACGCUGGAGGUGUCACGGUGCCAGGCGGAGCUGCCAGCAACAUGCUCGCUAUGUUGGUUGCUCGCAAUAUCCUGUCACCCGAGUCCAAGCAGCAGGGCGUCACACCUGGGAAAUAUGCUGUCUUCGUCUCGGACGCAGCUCAUUACUCAGUGUCCAACGCGGCACAGACCGUGGGGUUGGGUAACGACUCUGUUAUUAGUGUGCCUGCCUUGGAUGAUGGGACAAUGGACGUUGACGCCCUCGAAGCUGCGGUGGAUGCUGCCAUUCAAAGUGGAAAAACGCCUCUAUUUAUUAAUGCCACUGCUGGGAACACCGUGAAUGGUGCCUUUGAUCCCAUCGAUAAGAUCGGCGCAAUCGCAAGGAAGACGAACGCCUGGUUCCAUAUUGAUGCCUGUUGGGGAGGAGCGGUUGCAUUUUCUGGCAGUCUGAGACAUCUGAUCAAAGGGAGUGAACUUGCGGACAGUAUUGCUUUCAACCCUCACAAGAUGUUGGGUGUGCCUCUCGUGUGUGCCUUCUUGCUAACAAACGACCUGCGGACCUUUUGGCUGGCCAAUAAACUCAACGCCGGAUACUUGUUCCAUGACAAGACGGCAGGAAAAUCCGAACAAUCAGCUUUGGGUCUGAAUGGAGCCAAAGAAAAUGACUGGAGAAACUCCAAGCUCUUGGACGAUGCCCCCGAGGUGGCUGAUAUCCGAGACCUGGCUUCGCUGACGGUACAGUGCUCUCGGCGGUCCGACGCAACCAAGCUGUUCCUGCACUGGAUCUACUAUGGAACUAAGGGCAUCGCCCGCGAAGUCGAGCAAGCCGUCGACAGCGCGCAGCAUCUGGCCAAUCUUAUCAAAGCCCAUCCGCGCCUAGAGUUGAUCGGAGACACCGAGAAAGUUUUCGCCCAAGUUUGCUUCUAUUGGAUGCCGAAGGGAGAAGAAAAUGGAACCUCCAGUGGAACUCGUACAGCAGCCGUCAACAGCCGCAACACUCAUGUAUUAUACAAGCACCUUACUGAGCAUGGAUGGAAGAUAGACUACGCGCCGGAUAAGGUAAAGGGGGAGUUUAUUCGAAUCGCAUGUAACAGAUUAACGACACGACGAGGAGUUGAAGCGUUGAUUUCGAGUUUGCUACGUCGCAUCUUGAGUGGAAAAGCCCCUUCUACCUUCCCCCUCUUCCUCCUCUCCGAAGAGGCUGUUAAUGCAAUCUCGCUCAACUCGAAAUCCGACGGUCCCUCAGUGGAUCCUCUGAUGGAGUCUACGGCCAAAAAUGAUCCACACACUAACGUAGAACAUCUGCGGGCUCUGGAUGUCACUGGCGAACACGAAAAGGAGGACGAUUCCAAUGGGGCCAGCUCCUCGGGAAAUGAAGAUACAAUAUCACCAGAUUCCAAAGAAUUGGACAUGGGCGAGAAAGGCAAUUCCGUCGCCGCGAAUCCUGCUUUAAGCCACAUUGUCACAAACAGCGAUCGGAAACCCGCUCCACCACCGGAUGGAGGCUGGAAAGCAUGGCUAAGCGUACUAUGCGGUCAUUUUCUCUUCAUGAAUACCUGGGGUUUCAUUAACAGCUUUGGCGUAUUCCAGACGUAUUACACGACACUUCUGGACAAGUCGCCUUCGGACAUCUCCUGGAUUGGCUCGAUCCAAGUUUUCCUCAGCUUUUUUGUUGGCGCUUUCAUCGGCCGCUUCAUAGAUGGCGGGUUUUUACGCCACGUCUUGAUCAGUGGCACGGUAAUAGUCACCGUCGGCAUCUUCACUGCCUCGGUUUCUACCCAAUAUUGGCAAUUGAUUCUUUCUCAAGGAACAUGUUGCGGCCUCGGCAGCGGCUGCCUUGUCACCCCAGCAGUAUCUGUAGUCUCCACGUACUUCGAGAAGAAGCGCUCGCUAGCCAUUGGUCUCGCUACGUGUGGCUCUGUAACGGGAGGGCUCGUCUUUUCUGCCAUGGCAAGGCAGCUUAUACCGUCUGCUGGAAUUGGCUGGGCAUUACGAGGCAUCGGAUUUGUGCAGGUGGCCACGUUACUCUCUGUCACUACCUUCAUGAGACCACGAUUACCACCACGCAAGGGUGACAGGCUUGUGGAGUGGGUCGCAUUUAAAGAGCUGGAGUAUGCAUUUUUUACGGCCGGCAUGUUUUUUAACUUCUGGGCCGUGUUCUUCGGCUUUUACUACCUCGCUUCCUACAGCCGCGACAUUAUCACCCCCCACUUCUCCUACAUAGACUCCCUAAACGUCCUUCUGAUUCUCAACGGUGUCGGCGUAGUGGGCCGCAUGAUAGCAAAUCACUUCGCUGACACCAUGGGACCGCUAAACAUGAUGAUACCGACUUGUCUGAUAGCAGGCAUUGCGCUGUUGUCGUGGAUGGCCGUGCAUACACCAGGCCAGCUCUACGCUUGGACAGUUGUGUACGGCAUCAUUGCCGGUGCCAUCUUGAGCCUGUUCCCGGCCGGGCUGUCCAGCCUGACCACAGACUUGUCGAAGCGCGGCGCACGCAUCGGUAUGAACUUUACAGUUGUGAGUUUUGCCACGCUAACGGGAAACCCAAUCGCGGGAGCGAUUAUUUCGGCCGAUGCUGGCAAGUACAUUGGGGCUCAGGUAUUUAUGGGCGCAAGUUUCCUACUUGGCGGGGCGUUCAUCUUUGCGGCGAGAUUGACCAGGCAGGGAAAGACGAAGGGCGGAUGGUGGAUUAAAAUAUAG